AUGAUGAAGAAGAGCAAGAAGCAUAGCCUGGGUCGCCAAAAAAUUGCAAUUGCCAAAAUACCAAAGAGAAGUAACUUACAAGUCACAUUCUCAAAACGUUGUUCAGGACUUUUCAAAAAGGCUAGUGAGCUCUGCACACUCUGUGGAGUUGAGAUUGUGAUCAUAAUUUUCUCACCGGCUAACAAGCCAUUCUCUUUUGGCCAACCUAGUGUUGAGAGCAUUAUCGACCGCUUUCUUAAUCCAUACCCAUCAUCAUUCUCUAGUUCUACACAACAAGCUCAAUACUGUCGGGAGUUUAGUGUUGAACAUAAGCUAAAUAUGCAGUUAACGCAGACUCAAGGUCACUUGGAGGCUGAGAAACAGCGAGGAGAAGUGAUUGACAAGAUGAGGGAGGACAGUGAGAGAUCAAGCCAGUGUUGGUGGGAAAAAUCCAUUGAGGAACUUGGAUUGGAUGAGCUCCACAUAUUGAAGGCUGCACUGGAGGAGCUGAAGAAGAAUGUGACUGAAGAAGUGCAUCAAAUGAAUGACCCUUGCAAUUCUUCAGUACCAUUCUUAAUGAUGAAUGGUAUUCAAACAGAUCAUCAUCUUUCUGAUAGAAAUUUUUUUGAACCUAAUGGAUCAGAUGGUAUAAUGAUCCCUCCUAGUGCGGCCUAUAGCUUUGGUCAUGGACAUGGUUUUUUCUAA